AUGACAUUCAAACAGAGGGAUGCCCUUGAUAUGAGCACAAUGAAAACUGUUUACAAUGUACGACAUCAAUAUAGGGUUCUACAGAAAGCUGGUAGAUCCCAGAUGCAACAACUGCUGAGUGAAUUAGCGAAGCAUAAGUGCAUUGAGUGUCAUCAAUGUGAGAAAAGCACUAUGAUUGUCACAGACUUAUUUUGGGCACAUCCAAUGAGCUUGGAUUUGCUUCGUACAUUCCCUCAUGUGUUGAUUAUGAACUGUACAUAUAAGACGAAUAGAUAUCAUCUUCCUCUUCUUAAAAUUGUGGGAGUGACAUCAACUCACAUGACAUUCUCCGUGGUUUCCACAUACUUGCAAAUUGAGCCGGUUGAUAACUAUGCAUGGGUGUUACAAAUAUUGCGUGAUCUGAUGGACAACAAUAUUUUACCUAAAGUCAUUAUCACAGACAGAGAGCUUGCCUUGAUGAAUGCCAUUGACAACGCCUUUCCGAAUGCUCGACAUUUGUUAUUCUUGUACCACUUGUCAUUACAACAAUGUCUCACUUUCUUACCUUUAAGAUCACCACCAAUAACCCCAUCUGAUCAUCAUGAGAUUACAAUUGGAUUUGUUAAUGGAAAUCAUUUUGUGCAGGUAUUUUUGGAGCCUGGUAAUCCAGUUCCUCCCAUUGUUGUGAUUUGGCGAGUUCACCAACACCCUUGUGCAUCAGAAUGGGAGAAUGCAUAUGUUAAUCGCAUUCAGAAAUUCAAAGACAACAUAUGA